ACGAACAUCAACUACCUACUGUGUGUGAGAUAGUUGUAGCUGUUAUCUUAUUUAAUCCUCCCAACAAUUCAGUAAGAAAAAUGUUCCUCCAGAGGAGGAAAUGGUGCUUCAAAAGUGCAGCAACUUGCUGAAGGUCAUAUGUAAACAGAAUAAACACCUCACUCACUUCUUACUCAAGAAAUCUCACUAUGAGUAAUUACCCAACUGACCGUUUUGCAGAAUAUACGAUUCACUUGCUCUCUAAGGCUCUACUCUAAAUAUUUAAAUUAUAUACCUAAUCAUAUUACUAGAGAGCCUCAAGUGUUUACUUACAAACAUUAAUUUAAAGCACUCAAAUCAUAUAGUUCCAAAUCGUGUUUCAAAAUAAGUUCUGUUAAAGUCAGUCUUAGUCAUUUUGUGGCUUAUCGCACUUCCGGAACCAACUAUUGAUAAACUUCCUCUUUUUCAACAGAAACCAUUUCAGUUUGCUAGAGGACCAUUUUAAAUCUAAAUUGAACCAUCCCUUUUGCUUUCUUAGCCAAAUCACCAAAAUGUCCAGUUAGAACAAGAAUUUAGCAUCCUGCCAAAGAAGUUAACAGCUGAGAAUUCUACCUAUCCCAGAUUCAAGCAUUCUGACGCAGCAGACCGCAGGAGGGUAGACAACUAAUUAAAGCAUGAAAAAGGGGGUAAGACAGUGGUAAAAAGGAAACCAUCUGAGAUGGAUCCCAAAUAUUUCAUCUUAAUCUUGUUUUGUGGACACCUGAACAAUACAUUUUUCUCACCGAUAAAAGCAAUUACAACAGAGAAGCAACCACAGUCUACUUUACUGAGCUCAUCAGUGUCCUAUGUCUUGGCUAACUCUCAAAACCCAACAGGGAAUCCUCUGGGUCAACCAACGCCAACUGCCAAAGUUUCUGCUGGACAACCAACAGCAGUUACCUCUUCUGGAAAAGCAGCAGCACAAACUUCUGCUGGACACACACCUGCCUAUAACACCACCAGGCAACCAACGUCAGUGGCCAAUACCUCCUCCCAGCAAACAGCACAACCUGUGCUCACUUCUAGCAAACAACUAUCAACAUUUGCCCAUACUUCUACCAGGCACCCGCAACCACUUGCCUCUACUUCCAUUCAACAACCACCAUCUGUCCAUACUUCUUCUAGAAAACCAGUACCACCGACUAUGAAAACUCCAUCCAUACAAGCAACACCACCAGCUGACGAAAGGCCACCUGGGAUUACACCAGGAUUCAUCACAGGAGAUAUCAGCAUCACACAAACCCCACAUAAAACUGAUCACAAUUACAUAGCUGCCAUAAUAGUCGGUGUAUUUCUGGUUUCUAUGUUGGUAGCUACAAUCAUGAUGGUACUAUGCAAAUGCCUGAGAAAACCAGUUUUAAAUGAUCGAAAUUGGGCGGGCAGGUCUCCAUUUGCUGAUGGUGAAACCCCUGAUAUGUGUAUGGAUAACAUCAGAGAAAAUGAAGCACCCACAAAACGUACAUCAAUUAUUUCACUUAUGACCUGGAGACCAAACAAAAACACACUUUUAGCAGAUGACUUAGAAAUUAAGUUGUUUGAAUCCAGUGAGAACAUUGAAGAUUCCAACAACUCCCAAACAGAGAAAACAAAAGAUCAAGUAAACGGUACAUCAGAGGAGAGUGCUGGUGGAUCAACAAUUGGCACUGCUAUUUCUUCUUCAGAUGACGCAGAUCUGCCUCCACCACCUCCUCAACUUCUUGAUUUGGAAGGAGAGGAGAGAAACCAGUCUGACAAACCCGCAAUGACAAUUUUAUCUCCUAUCCCCAACGAUUCCACCAGUCUCCCCCCAUCUCUGGGCUGUGUCGAUCAGAUCUGUGAAGAACAUAAUUCUGAGUUCAAAGAGUCAUUUCCACCUCCCCCUGACUCACUUAACUUGCCCCUACCACCGGAAGAUGUUAUGAAAACCUUGGAAGAUUCCAACAAUGAGAUCCAAUGUCAGGAGAUCUCAAUUCUUCCUAAUGCUGAUCAAGAUCUCAGUGAACCCCUGCCACCCCCACCUGAAGAACUGUUAUAGAUAUUACCGCUUGCUUUUUAGCUGAUUUCCAAUCCUUUUCAAAGGACUCUCUUUUGUUUGUCUUCAUAUGAUGAAAUAUACUAAAUGGCAGCUGGUAGCCAAUUUUUAUUUUUAUUCAGGAGCUAUCUGAAAUCUGCUCAAAGCCCAUGUACAUGGUGAAACUAAUUU